AUUGUAGUGGUUCAUGCCUCUGUGCCUCCCAGGUGUCACUAAUUCUGAUAAAUUUAUCUUUUUUCUAAAUUUAUAUUUAAGACAGUAUUAUUUUCGUUAGAUGUCACAAAGCGAGGGAGUGCCAUAGAGUGUGACUUCUUUGAAUGAAUAUUGUGGGUAAAUUUUGAAGAGUAGGCUGCUAUGAUCAUAGGAACCGAUUUGAACCAAAUGUGUAGGAAUUAGGGAGGGAAAUACUGUCAUGAGUAAUCUCCUAACGAUGAUGUGUUUUGAGUUGUGAAGUGACGCAUCCACAUAUCAAAGUUCAUGAAGGUCGAAGUUUGGUUUUUGUGUGCUCAAUCGGAGACCAAACAGUAAUCGUUGAAGUUCAUAUUUGACGAUGAUAAUAAGUAUUUGCAAUGCCAGUUUAUGCCACAAUUGUAGAACAGUAUUCAACAUGGACUGGCCUGGUGUACGUGUUCAACCUGAUAGUGGGGACGGGCGCCCUCACGCUGCCUGCCGUGUUCGACCGAGCGGGAUGGGCCGUCGGCGUGACUCUCAUCUGCGUCCUCGCCACCAUCAGUUUUAUCACGGUAACGUUUGUGAUCGAGGCAAUGGCAUCGGCCAAUGCCAUAGUGCAGUGGAGGCGCCUGCAGCAGAUGAAGAGAGUAAGCCAUUAUCUUCGUACGGCUCUUCAAGUAUCCGAGCCCAACGACGAGGACUCUGAAGACACGCCUCUGUUCUCUCCAGAUUCUUUGGCCAAAUUUCCAUCCCCGCCUCAGCGUUACUACACGAUCCAGGAGAGAGUUGAACUGGGUCAGAUGGCAGCACUGUUUUUCAACAGAUUCGGUCGAGUGUUGUUCUUCGUGUGCCUGGUGGUGUACCUGUACGGCGAUCUCGCCAUCUACUCUGCCGCCGUCGCCAAGUCGCUGGCAGACGUCGCCUGCGUGUACCGGCCAGACAACAUUUCCUGCAACUCUACGCUGCCCGACACUGCGCUGUGCUGGAAUGGGUUCUUCUUCACUCGCAUGGAUGCUUACCGAGUCUUCCUGGCCAUCUUCCUGUGUUUACUGGGUCCAUUCGUGUUCUUCAACGUCCAAAAGACUAAAUAUUUACAGAUGCUGACAACUUUCAUGCGAUGGCUGGCUUUCACCAUCAUGAUCGUGUACGCGACCCACAAGCUGGUGGAGGACGGGCCGCAGGGGAGCCCCCCGGCCGCCAACCUGGCGGGCGUGCCCAGCCUGUUCGGGGCGUGCGUGUACUCCUUCAUGUGCCAUCACUCCCUCCCCGCCCUGGUGUCCCCCAUCGCGGACAAGUCUCGCCUCACUCGCUUCCUGGCCCUCGACUACGGCCUGAUCGCCGGCUUCUACCUCCUGCUGGCGCUCACUGGGGCCUUCGCGUUCUCCCGCCUCGACGACCUGUACACGCUGGACUUCGUCCCGGGGGGCUGCGACGCGGCGGCCCAGAGCUGGCCGGCCGCCGCCACCGACUACUUCCUCGCCCUCUUCCCCGUGUUCACGCUCAGCACGAGCUUCCCCAUCGUGGCCAUCACGCUGCGCAACAACCUCAAGUCCUUGUUCCUGACGGAGGGCCGGCACUACCGCUGGUGCGUGCGCCGAGUGCUGUUCCCGCUCCUCGCCGUGGUGCCUCCCGUGCUCGUGGCCACCGCCACCACGGACCUGGGCGUGCUGGUGGGCGUGACGGGGUCCUACGCCGGCGCCGCCAUCCAGUACAUCAUCCCCGCCGCGCUCGUGCACUCGGCGCGCGCCCGCACGCUGCAGGUCAUCGGCAUGGGCGUGAGGAACGAGUUCGCCUCCCCCUUCCGGGCCAAGGGCUGGGUGGUGUUCGUGGUCCUGUGGGCCAUCGCCUGCAUCGUCCUCGUCACCGUCAACUUCGUCGACAGGUUGUUUUUCUCGCAGGGGACGUAACUAAACCCAGCUGGGGUUUGCGUGUGCCUGAAGAGGUUUGGAGAGUUUUGAAGCUCGCUCGUAUGCUGCCUCUCAACGCUUCCACCACACUAUGGUGUACAUUUGCAAAUAGGCUACCAUGUGUUCUCACAUCAUUAUACUAAGAAAUUAUUUGUUAAUUUGUGUUAGAGAAUUUCGUCAUUUUUAUAACAUUAUUUCCAACAAGAGCAUGAUAGCAGUAUUUGCAUCAGCUGGAAGUUCUGUGUAUAACACAGCUUCAGAAGUGAAAUGUUGUUGGUUGGGUUUGGCCUCCGAAUUCAAUCCAAACUACCUAUAAUGAUAACAUACACUUAAUUCUCAAUUAAUUAAACCGGCAUCGUGGAUGAUUCAAAGCACUUGGUAAACCAAGUAGUGAUGAUAACCUCUCUUACUCAUGUGCACUUAUCCCUUUGUCUAUACACAGACCGCAUUAAAUUAAAGCGUUUUGAUGGCUUUCAUCUUCAGUUUCUUGCCUCAUGUGUUUGUAAUAUAUUGUUAUGUUUUUUUUUUUUUUUUUUUUUUAGUUCUAUAUUUAUUAUUUAUACAUUUUGAAGCAAUAUUACUAAAAAAAAAUUUCCGCUUGUGUUAGUUGUAGGAUCACUAACGAAUAUGAAAAUAUGAUAGCCACUUGGCCUAAUGCAUAGAAGUAGCACUAUAUUGAUUUCUAAGGAGAUUUAAAAAUAUUAGAGUAGCAUUUUACAUAGAAGCAUUAGUGUAAAGUGAAGAUGGUUACUGAGUAUGUGUGUUACAUUGUGUAUGUGUAAUCCUGACAUGAGUUCCUCUUUGGAGCGAACAGGGGCCUAUAAGCUAUGUAAAAAAAUCAGAGUCCAGUUUUCAUUGCAUAAGGUGUGGCGGGGAAGAUAUGGGCUAACUGUUGUGGUUGUAUGUUCACUCUUGCAUGAUAAUGCAAAGUAAUGAAAAAAUAUUUACAGAGUUCCACGUAUCUACCAGCAUGUUUCAAAUGUUAUUUUUACUGCAGAGUUCUCAUGAAAUAUAACAGCACGUGACAGUUUUGCUAGGUUUGAAGUAGAAUUGUCUCUUCUGAUAUUUUUUUGUCAAUGUGCACAACUUUAAUCUUAUGGCUUCUAACUUGAGUAAGCCAGGCAUCAAACAACUGUCGGAACACUGGGCAGGUAUGCUUAUGCCGUCUCUUAUAGAUACUUGUUGCAAACAUAUGAAUGGAUUCUUCGUAAACUUGUGCUGUGUAGAGUGCGUCUGUCAAAAGCACUGCAAUAGUCUACAGUUUAUGAACAGCAAAGCAUGUUCCUUCUGGGGUGUAUAAAGGAUAUGUAAAUUAGGUUCCCACUCCCCCUUUAAAUUAUCCCCUCCCUUUUUCCUUUCCUCCCCCUCCACCAGUGGCUACACCCCCUCCCUCCCCUCCCCUCCUUUUUGUCAUUGACACACCCCCUCUUUUCUCUCUCACCAAUGAACUCUGCCCCCUUUCCCCUCUAAAUAACUCUAAUCCUUCUUCCCUCCCCCUUCUCAUUAAUUACUUAUCCCCCUCCUGAUUAUUUAUCCUGUCUCUUUUUUAUUUACUCUCUUCCUCUCCACCAAAAAUUUUCCUCUCUCCAGGGGCGCAAAUCUGUAGGAUUCGCAAGGGGGGCCGUGCACGGUGUGAGAAUUUUGGGCGUGGGUUGAAUCGACACAAGUCAUCUCUUGAUCCGGUGUUUGUAUGUUGUAUACUGCCCAUAUUUUGGUCUAUUUGCAUGCAACUUUAAAAUAUACAGAAAGUUUUCCAUUAAACAUUGUUUUGAUGUUUACUUUUAUCAACCCCAUUCCACAGUUCACAAUUUUUAAUGCGUAAGCGGGCCCCUUCAGAGAGGGUCUUCUUAAUUCAAGAGGGGGUCCGGGUUCUCCUUCCUUACCCCCCCUUGGGAUCUAUGCCCAUGCCCCUCUCCAUCACCCUGAUAGUCUGAAAUUUGUACGUAUAGGUGUCACUAGUAUAUGUCAUCAACCAUCAUGGUUGAUGUUCCUGACAGUUUAAAAGUUGGCUACUUCAAAAUUUAACUAUCACCUUUUAAUUUCAAUUAAACAUUCUGUAUAGAAAAGUGAUAAAUCAUUGCUUCGUGCACCAACAUUGUAUGUCCACUUUUCGUAAAUUGGGCCAACAGCGUUAAUGUGUGUGAAAUCCUUGUCGAUGUGUCUAGUUUAUUUGAGUUGGAUGUUCAUACUUUGUUCAAAAAGUGAACAUACUAUAUGUGUGUCAUUGAAAUGAAGAUAAGUGUAAAAAUAAUUGGUGGAUCGUUCAACGGAGGUUGUAGAAAGAAAAGGGCGCUAGAGGUAUGAUUUGUUUUGUUGUCUGUUUGCUGCACUGCAUUGUCUUCACCCUUCAGCUAAGUGCGGCAACUAGCCAGGUUUCAACCACUGUGAGAUGACAAUCAGGUUGACAGCCGGAAAGGUCUUUGAAGGUUCCUCAGUGUUGCAAGGUUUCCAUGUUGACCUGAGGUCAAGGUAACAUCACCCACGAUCUCCUCCGAGGCUGGGCAGUUGUGUUGGUCCAUCAAGCAUGAAGCUUCGCCAGAGACACCUUUGUUGACCAGACAACAGACCAGUAGUCCACAGGACACAGGUUAUAGUAUUUACCUGACAAUAAUGUGACUCAAUAUAACGCGAUCCCAAACUUUUUGAUUAUGGGUUUAUUAAAUUUAUUUCAUAAUUAUGAGACCCUUUCUGGUGUCACGUUCUUCAGUACAGUGAUUUACAUGGUCUCUUUUGAAACACCAAGCCACAGUUUUUAAAAAAAAAAAAAAAAAAAAAGUGUUUUCUGACUUGUUAAGAGACGGUGGCUGUUCUGAAAGCAAAGAAUGUAGUGAUACGUGGUGGUCCCUUGGCAGCGAAGAAGCAGAACGAACCCAGUGACAAACACCAUGUGCAUCUCUCAUCUUUCACACCUGUACAGAAGCCCUGGAUUGAAGUGGCAUAAGUGAUGCAGUUCACAGGCAGAGCAAAUAGUUUUUCAACUAAGUGGAGGUUCAGGAGACGUUAAUUUACAGCGGUCUAAAGUGUCAUAAGUGAGGCAUAUAAAAGGCAAGAGCCUGUAGUUUUUCAGCUAAGCUGUCUCAAUGGCAAGAUGCAAAUUUGCGAUUAUAAUGCGAACACCACUUUUAGUUUUCACCAGUUUUGUACAAAUCAUGGCAUUAUAUUCAAGUAAAUAUGGUAAUUUGUAGAGACCUGCAAAAUUCGCGGAUUCAUUUCGUGAAAGGCUUCAAUUCAAAUAAUUAUACCUUAGAUCUGCUUCUGCAAUUGGUUCACUGUUAAUCUGGAGUAAUGAGGGCCAAUUAGAGACCCUCGCUCAAAGAAGUGUCGAAUCACAGACACUCGGUCGAGACGACUCACAAGUCAACAGCCAAUGAACAGAAGGCAUUUGCCCGAGUGUGUGUAGAGUGUGUAGUAGAGUCUAUCCUGGAGGUCAUUGAAUCCGCGAAUUUUGCAGGUCUCUAGUAAUUUGGUCAGGCCAUACUGUCUUCGGUUUUCCAUGUUUUCCUGAAAUCACUAGUCAAUUGCUGGGAUGGUUUUCUACUGAAGGCCACAGUUAAUUCCUUCACCAGUUUACUUGAACUUCGUUGUUGAGUAUCUGUGUCUAACGACCUCGCUGCUAAUGAGUAGGGACAAGCUUAUAUGGUGAAUUAAAAUGAAUCCGAAAUAACAACGAAAAGCAACUUAAUACACCAGAUGUUGAGCAUUGUAUAUAAAUGCAAUGGUUAUGCUGAAAAGUGUGCGAUUCAUCCACAGUUAAUUGGGAAUUGAAUUAGUGCCAUUUGUAGCAAAAUUUCCAAUAAUUUGUCUUCUUUAUUUUUAUAAGAUGCUGGCAUACAAAAGUAAUAAUAUUUAUUUGUAUGGCUUUAUUCAAGCUUUUCCAACUUAUGCAAAUUUUAUUACAAUCUUGUUGGAAUUUGUUAUAAAAUAUCCUAUAUGUGUUUAUUGUUAUUUGUUGUGUUUUUUUUGUGUUUUAAUUGCUGAGCAAUUGAUUUUGUGAUAAUUUUUCAUGCUCUCCUAAGUCUUAAAAUUUUGGAUUGUUAUUUUGCUAAGUGUAUCAUAUUCAAUGUGAAGCAUAAUAAUAUCACCUGUAGUGUUUUUUUUAAUAUGUGUUAUUUACUACAUACUGGUAUUUUGUUUAUCGGAGAACCAGAACCAGAAGGUAUAGAGUUACUUAUUCAGGGUGACCACAUUCUGAAAAGUCUGGGAAGCUGGAAGAGGUCAGGAAAAGACAGGGAAUUUACGGUAUUUACCCUAAAGUAAUGUUACUGAAUAUAAUGGGACCCCAAACUUUUUAAUUAUAAGUUCAUUAUAGAAUACUUGAAAAUUAUUUAAAUUAUUAAAUUUAUUCUUUAUUUACUAGACAUUUUUUUGCAUAUUUUGUCAGUAGAGUGAUAAACAUAGUCUCUUAUGAAACACCAAGCCACCAAAAUUGUGAUAUGACUGUAGUUCAAAAGUGGGCUGUUCAGAAAGCUAAGAAGUUCAGGAGGUGGUAAUUAAUAGCGAUCUAAAGUGGCAUUAGUAACACAUUUAAGAGGCGGAGCGUGUAAUUUUAAAGUAAGCUGUUUGCGUUUAUAAUGCAACCCCCACUUUUAGUUUACACAGUUUUGUUAAAAAUCAUAGCAUUAUAUUCAGGUAAAUAUGGUUCUUGUAAUCCUGGAAAAGUCGUGAAUUCUCACAGUGAUAGUAAUUUGAAAGGAAAAUGUGCUCCUGUCUGCCAUCACCCAGACUGUGAUCGUGGUUUUCAGAUUUUUUUUAUUGUUGUGCACCUUAUAAUAUGGUGUAUUCAAGGUUGUUUGAAUUUUCAUUUUUGUUAUAUAAUUUGAGGCCAGAUAUGGGGAUGGUGAAAGCUAAAUUUCUUUAUUUAUCUCAUAAAAUUGCAAUAGUUCAAUUAUAUUUAGGAAAAUGGAGGUAAUUAAAAUUUCAGUCAGGGAAAUUUUUUCACAGAUUUGUGUGGUCACCUUGUUAUUUGAGCAGUCAUAUGUUUGGGAAGUGUUUGUAUUUGAAAUGCGUAACACUAAGUCGAUCAUACCCGUAAGUUGUCGGGGCAUGAUGAGAAUUUAAAGUUAAGUAAUCUGCAGUUUUUUUUCUCUCUGUACCUUUUUUUGUUAGUGCAGAUACCAGUCAAUUAUUUGCUGGGCUUGUGAGCUGCAUUAGCAUUAAGGCUGGAAAGCAUUUCUCCAAUUCUUUAACUUUGGCGCAGCUACGUCGCACAAGCAUAGCAAGUUUAGCUUCAAUUUUAUUUUUCUUCACGUUCAAAACAGGUAUAACUUUCAAGAAACAUUUUAUUUGUAUCCACAAUUUCAGUUCAUGUAAUUGUUUUUUUUUUUAGGUAAUGCUGUUUCAAUUGGUUCUCAUUGAUUAUGGUAAUCUAUUAGAAUGAACGAGGGGAAGUUACUUAGUAAAUCACAUAUUAAUAUAAUUUAUUUUAAAGUAGUAGCAAUACUUUCCAAAAAAUUUAAUGGAUGGCAGCAUUAUCCAGCUUUAUGAUAUCAUUUUAAUAUUGACAAGAUUGCAUUCAUAAUUCAAUUUCAAAAUGGUGAUGCUCAAAGACUGUACUGUAGAAUAAAAGCAUGUGUUAAUGAGGCUUAGACAGCAAUCCAAAACAUUGUAUUCAGCUGGUAUUGAGGCACUGAUAAGAUAAUGGGCGAAGUGCAUAAAUAUUGGUGGUGAUUAUGUUGAGAAAUAAAAAAAUAGUUUCUAAGUGAUUUACACUGUUAAGUAAUACUUUAAUUACUUUUUGUACUUAAUUAGUGACUUUCCCUCAAAAAACUUUUGGGAAUAAAAUCCAAAGUACCGACCAUUUGUUCAAGGCAUGAUGUGUAGUCAUUAAAGCCAUAGCUAAGAGUGGUUUAAGCUGCUUUUUUUUUUUUUUUUUUAACACAGAGGAUUAUGCUUAAUUAUAGUAAAUUAAUAUAGUGCUGACUGCUAACUAGGGAGAUAGGUAUAUGAUUAUGGUAUUCCAUAUUUAUUAUAUGUACUACCACCCUCACAGUAAGUUAAACACUCCUUUGUAUAAAAUCUAUUUUAAUUAAUGUGUUUUGAUAUUUUAAGCAAUGUAUUUGUCAAUUAAGAUGAGCUGGAAUGAUCAUUCUUUGGAAUUUAAUUGUGUACAUGACUAAUUUUUCCACCGGGAGUACAUUGUUACCGGUAAAACUUUAAACUAAACACACCCAAAUAAUCCACCAUUAGAACACUGUUCUCUCCAAUACUUAACAGCAUGGCUUUCCAUAGACAUUAACAAAAGUUAGUGCCAUAAUAAGAAUAAUCACUGUCUCAAAAAAUUCAGAGUACCUAUAUUUAUUGUCUCAUGAGUUUGAGUUCCAAAUUCAUACAACUUUGUGAUACGAGGUUCAUAAACGAGGAUUCACUAGUAUGCAAAAAUGUCUUCUUCAGAGUGUUUAUUCACUAGCUAGUUGCUAUCGGAGGAGUAUUCCAAAAGAUCCGUCCAAAUGUCGUGAAAACCCUUGUGCUUUGGUAAAAAUAACUGCUCUGUUUUUUAUCCUAUUAUAAAUGUGAGUAUGCCUUUUUUUUCUGCUGUUACAAAUGUGUGUGUUUAAGAUUACAAAAAAAAUGUUAAAAAUAUCUGAGACUGUGCAGCAGAUAUGUAAAGUCAGUGAAAUUUUAAUCAUUGCACAUUAUAUAGAUUUUUGGAGGUAUCUAUAGUAAACUAGGUUUAGUGAUAACUCUAACUAAAAAUAACCAAUGCAUUUUUAGAUUACUGGUAUUAAUUCCAUACUGCUCAAGUUUGUAUAUUUUUAUAGUCUUAGAAAUGUUAAAAGUGUUAUUUUUUAUAAAAAUAUUAUAGCAGUUACUGUAAACUCUAAAAUGUUAUCACAGUUUUAUAAUGUAAUUCAAGUGGAAGGACAUUUGUAACCAAGCAAUUUUUGUAGCAGGUGUAGUUUUGUAAUGUACUUGAUGCAGGAUUGUAAACUAGUUCUUGUUAAUCAAUGUUCAUGUUGUCACAUUCAUUAUAAAACCUUUUUUAAACAAAAAAAAAAGCAAAACAAAAUAUUUUUUUUUAAAUAAUGGGUAGGUGAAGGCUUUAGUUUUUUUUAUUCUCAUAUGACUUUGGCGAAGUCAUAGGCUUAUUCUGCAAUUCCUGUUACAUAUAUUCUGUCCUAAUUAAAAAAUAUUUCUGAUAGUUGGUAACCAUUCCUAUUUAGCAUUCUCCGUAAAGCAACAUAGUUCUAAAUCAGCAUUUGGUAUAACAUUUAUGAAAUCAUGAUCCUAUUGUCGCGACAGGGUUAAAUAGCAUAGAAAUAAUUUGAAUAAAAUAAAAUGAGUAGGUAUGAUUCUAUAAAGAGUUGACUUUAACUUUAUUUAUUUAUAACUCUAAAUGAACUCGCUUGGCAUCUAAUUAAUAAAAUACUCUGUCUUUAAAGGGGACUAGAUUCUGCGCCACAGAGUGAACAGAGCCGCCGGCCCAGAGUCCCAGUAGUAGUUUUCAAAAAUUUAAUUUCAAAGACCCUGAGAAAUUCUGAACUGCAACACUAUUAAUUCCAUUUUCUUUCGUCACUUGUUUUAGCAUUUGUUUAUUCUGAGAAAAUUCACAAGGGUUUUUGCACGUACCUUGUUUUUUUAGUUCACUACCGUUUCUUCUGAGACAGUGGGGUAUGAUAAGAUUAGAAUGGAACAUUGACAAAAUGAAGGGGUGGUGGGGGAAAUGUGAACAUGUGAAACACCUAGGUCUAACUGCGGAGAAUCGAACCUGGCUGUCGUAAGUUUAUUCAUAUGUAGUUUUGGGUAAAUAAUAUAUAUAUAUAAUGUAUGCAUUACAGUGACAAAAUAGAGAAAUCUUUUAAAAAUAAAUUUAAUCCCCAUAUUUCGGUGUAGUGUUAAAAGAUUGGAGAAGGCUGUCUCAAAUAUUUUGUGUGUUUGUUUAGAAACAAAGAAAUUGGAUAACUAAUCCAGAAUCUAAUUAAAAAUACUUUUUAUCCCUCUAAGUGUAGGGGGUCCGAUUGUUCCUUUGGUUUCAUGGAAUAUUUGCUCCUGGCAUACUCUUUAUUUGGAAUGUGAUACCCGCAGGCAUUCCCAUGUGUUUUCUGAACCAUCCAUAGCACUGAAGAAUAUGUUAGUUUCAUGGAACUGUAGCAUCAACUGUAGGUUAACCAUAAUAUUACUAUUUUGUUUUUAUUUGAAACCAGUUGUUUGAAUAGUAUGUGAACCUCAAUUUUACAGGACUUGUUUUGCACUGACGUUCAUUGGGAUCAAUAUACAGGCCCAGCCAAAUCAAUACUGAAGAGAUUGUAUUGCUUCAUACAAGUAACUAUUACAGUACAGGUAGAUUUUGACAAAUGCUGAGGGGCUGUAAAAUCGAGGUUUGAUUGAAGUAUUACCAGCAAUCCGCAUGGCAAACUUGUCAAAGAACUAGAGGAAAUAUUUUUAAAUAUUCAUGUUUAUAAAAUUGAAAUUGUGUGACCAUUAACACAAACGUGUUUAAAUUUAUUUCUGAAGUCAUAAUGAUUGUUUUCUUCCGGAAUAUUUUGUUUGUAUCGAGAAAUAUGUGUGUUCAACAAAUCCUGUAUAUAUAACCCAUGUGUACGAGUAGAAUUUUCGUCAUGUGCGUUGUUUGUAAAAGUGUGUUUGUAUGUGAUGUUAAACGUUUAUCUGUAAACUUUUAUUUUAGAAUCUAAAUAGUAUGUAAAUGUUACUAAUUUUAGAGAAAUUAUUUUAAUAUAUUUAUCCUUUUAAUAUGCUGAACUGUAAAUAAUUUAAUUUUUUUUAAGUACUAUGACAAGUUGUAUAUGUACACUCGUCUUGACUGGUAGUUUUUUUUUUUUUUGCUGUAAGUUGUUUUUCUUUAAGUUGGCAGGUAUAAUGUUAUUGUGUAUUUAUUUAAGUUGGGUUUUGUAUUGAAUUAGUCAGAAUAUAUAAGUGUGUUUUAGUUUUUUUUUUAAUCAUUCAAACUGUGUACUAAGUUGUGGAUGUCGUGUAUUUUAAAAUAAAUCAUUAUUUUUAGUGCUAGUUGCCCAAUUAUCAAUUAAUUUACCUGUAUUUCAGUACAGGAAUAUACUCAAUUGUCUACCCAAGGUAUUUAUUUUUAUCAUUCCUCCCACAUUUUAUUUACAGCUGAAAUGCAAUAUAUGUAUAUUGUCGAUUAAAACAGUGUGCCUGGCUAAAGAGUUAGCCAUGGGAAUACACAAUUCAACUAGGUGUGAUUUUUUUUUUGACUGACAUUUACUUGUGAUCCUGGAAUAAAAUCUGGGGGAAAAACAUGAAAAUUUUGUAAUGCAUUGAUUAAACACAUGUUUUUAGUUUAUUCUUUUCUAAUUUCAAUGUAUGUAGAUAGUUUUGAUUGUGACUUGCUAGGAAGUAUCUGAACUUUCUGAGCAAAGUAUUUGAAUGCUUUUGAUUUUAAAAAUAUGUUACAUUUUUUUAUGUAUAAGUUUCUAAAAUUGUAAAAAACUUAAUUUAUGUAUAAAUUAUUUUUUUAUUCUCUCUCCAAAUGUAUUUUGAAUACCAAAUUAUUUUAUUUAAAAAUAACUUAUGUUGUUGUAUAGUAAGUAAAUGUAACUCUUUCUUUCCCCUAUUCAGUGUAGGUACAACAGAACAUGGUUCAUUGCUUUUUAACUAAAAUGCCAAGCAUUUUGACUUGUAUAUACUAAGAAAAUAUUAUUGUCUAGGAAAGUAUAAUCAAUGGUAUGAAAAUAUUUUUCAGUGCAAAAGAUGAAGAAUGGAACUCUAAAUCUUAGUCAACGUUCUUUUUAUCCAUACUUUUCAAUAAAUUAAAAUGAUUUUGUUUGUGAUUACCCUCAACAAGCUGUUAAACAACACUCUCUCACUCUCUCUCUCUCUCUCUCUCUCUCUCUCUCUCUCUCUCUCUCACUCAUUCACUCUCUCACUCACUCACUCUCUGCAGAUGUAGUAACACAUCUGUCUUCCAUCGUAGUGCCAUGUCACACACAAUUCCUGAAAACUGACAUCUUUAUUACCUCUAUUAUUAAUAUUGUAAAUACUAAUUGGGAAAAGAAUGUUCCAACUCAUGUGACAUUUUUACUCAGUAAUUCAUAAAGUAAUAUUUUCAUUGAGACUGGAUAGUAUGUAAGAUGUAUCGCACUACAUUCAAAGUGUAACCAAGCAAAAAUAAAAUUUUUGGGGUUCCAUGA